AUGCUAAGACAGAGGGAAAGCCUCGCCGAUGACAGCUGGGCACCCUUCUUCGAUACCCUUCCUGACGCCAGCAAUGACUUAGAAAAACUCAAGGGGUGUUUUGAUAUCAUCAUCGACAAUCUUAGAAACCUUCACACGGCGCUCUCAUCGUGCACUGAUGGACCCCGGUACUACUUCCAAUUGGAACAGGCCAAGCAAGUGUUUGUUCCCGAGAACGUGUCCUUCAUCCACCAGUUCUUCCGCUUCUCGCACCCAGAGGUCCCAAUUGUGCACCGUCCAUCUUUUAACCCACACGAAGUCCAUCCUGUGCUCCUCAUGGCCGUAUUUCUCUGCGGGUCGAUGCAUGCCGCACCGAGCGAUGCAGCUCUAUCUACGCCACUUCUCUUCGAUUUGGCUGAAGAGUACGCUUUCAACACUCUACGCGGGCUUGUGGAUGAAUAUGUCAACCACGGUGUCAUGGAGGCCGAUUCCAUAGCCGACCUCGCUCGUUUGAAUCAGGUUCUUCAGGGCGCUCUGCUAAUGCAUGGCUUACAAUUUAUCAUGAACGAGCCGCAGAGGCGAGAGAGAAAUAGGGACCGUAGGCUUCCUGUGCUUGUUUCCACCAUCCGCAAGCUAGGUUUCUCGAAUGCAAGGCAUAGUCGUAUCCCAGAUGGAGAACCGGUAGACUGGGACGAGUUCAUCCUCAAGGAAACUCAAAUCAGGUUCGUAUAUCACCCGCAGACGCUCACUUUGAACUGCCUUCUCCGCAAGCAAACAUUGAUAUGAGGUAUUCUGCUGACCAUGAGCCUUUGCUUUACAUCAGACUAGGUAUUUGGGUCUUUUUGUCUGCUGCGCAGCAGUCAAUCUUAUUCAACAUGCCGCCUUCCAUGAGUAUCUCUGAAAUAACAGGAGACUUUCAAUGCUUUGAAGAUGUGUGGGAGGCUAAGAGCGCCGGCCAUUUCCGAGCACUGAUUGAUCAAGGUCGAGGCAAACGCACCGCGUCGCUCUGGCAGUGUCACCAGUCCUUGAUAGACCCAACCUGGACAUCCCCAGAGAACUUCCCGCUACGCUCACUAACAACACCGGACAUGAUCGUUUUAGUCCUAGGCAAGUCUCCUUCUCUCCGUCCGAUAACUCAGUAUACUCAUAUAAUUCCACAGCCUUCAGCACAACCGUGACAUCGGCAAGGUUGUCGGGGACGCUCCCAAUAUGUGCCUCAGCAUUGGAACAAGCGCUUGA